AUGAUUGGCUCCCUUUUCACCGGCCCCAUCUGCGACCGCUUCGGCCGCCGCGCCGGCAUGAUGACCGGCUCCGUGCUCAUCAUGGUCGGCGCCGCGGUGCAGACGGCCGCGCGGUCCAACGCGUACCUCCUCGGCGGCCGGUUCGUGCUCGGCUUCGGCGUGUCCAUCGUGGCGCGCCCGUGUCGUUGGCUACUACAACACCUGUACGUCCUCAAAAAACCCUGCCGUCCCUUCUCCCCCCCCCCCCCCCCCCUCGCCACCGGCGUCGCCUACGCCGCCGUCAAGUCGCCCGGCGAGGAAGCCUUCCGCCUUCCUCUCGGCCUGCAGCUCCUCCCCCCCGUCUUCAUCUUCGCCGGCGCUCUCGUCAUCCCCGAGUCCCCCCGGUGGCUGACCAUGUGGGGCCGCAAGGAGGAGGCUGCCGCGGUGCUGGCCAAGUACCACGGCGGCGGCGACAUGCAGCACCCGAUGGUGCAGCUGGAGCUGCGCGAGUUCGAGGCCGGCCUGGAGCUGCAGCGCGCCUCGAGCGUGUGGAACUACUGGGGCCUGGUCGACUCGCACAACGCGCGCUGGCGGUUCGCGAUGAUGGCGUGCAUGUCCGUGUUCGCGCAGCUCAGCGGCAACUCGGUGCUGACGUACUACCUGCCGUCCAUGUACAAGCUGCUCGGGGUGAAGACGCCGGAGAGGAAGCUGCUGUUGACGUUUGCGAACACGAUCGUGUCGGGCGCGGGCGCGGUGGCGGGCUCGGCGCUGAAUGAUAGCGUGGGACGACGGACGAAGCUGUGGAUGGGUAGCAUUGUCCUGGCAGGCCUGUUUGGCGGCGUCACCGGCUUCUCCAGCUACUUUGAGGGCGGCAAGACGGACGUGAGCGCCACCAUUACCAACGGUGGCAUCGCCUUUAUUUUCCUCUUUGGCUGCGCCUACUCCUUCAUCUACACGCCUCUCACGGCCACGUACUGCGCCGAGGUGCUAUCCACCCCGAUGCGAGCCAAGGGCAUGGGAAUCCACGUCAUCCUGUCCAACUGUGCCAACCUGUACAACACGUACGUCACGGCCGUCGCGCUCGAGGCCAUCGACUUCCGCUACUACUUCGUCUUCGUCGGCCUCAACCUCGUCUACGCGGCCGUGUGGUUCUUCUUCGGCGUGGAGACGCGCGGCCGCACGCUGGAGGAGAUGGAGGAGGUCUUUGACGCCAAGUUCCCGCCGCGGGCGGCCCUGCAAAAGGCCGUCAUGGUCAAGCAGCGCGAUGGCCACCUGGCGGACGUCGGCGCCGGGGCGGCAGGCGAUGGGGAGCGUGUCUAG